AUGAGCACGGCUUGGACGCCACGAAGAUCCCGUCGCUCAGGAGAUCGUUUCAUUCCCGUACGGGAACGUGACUCAGCGCUCGGACUUGACAGCACGCAACUGCGCUUUCAACUGCAGGUUGCAACAGAGCUUAGUUUUCAAGGUAGGAACACUCCAUCUCGAGACAUUGCUGCUGAAAGUGAGAAUAACGCCUCAGAUGUGGGACAAGUGACCGAGUCCAGUCCGUCUCGGAGGCUACGAGACACGUCGCCGAUGCACCAGCGUCGGCUCUUGAUGGCAGCUAGGGCACGCCACGUUGAGGGGAGCGAGGCGCUUGCGACUUUCGUUCCUGGCCACCAGAUAGAGUCGGAACUAAGCCUGGCGCAGGCAGCCGAGCGGUAUAUUGAGAACGCACGGCGGGAUUGGUCUGAUAUCUUCGGGGCUAGUCCAAGCGCUCCGGCACUACUGGUGUCAGGGUCAGAACGCGCUGGACAGCGCUCGCUGCAGUUAGAAACAUCGCCUGAUGCGGAUGAGGGCACACUGACUUACCAAAGUCGCCUGGGUCGGAGCGUGAACGAGCCACCAGUGGAAUCGUCUCGAGAGUCCGGCACGAGUCCGAAUCGGGGUCUAGCGGCCGCAGAGCGCGCUGGAGUGCGAGCUGAGCUCGAGACCCUGCUUGCAACACUCUCUGUUGGCAGAGCGUCCGAUGCACGUAAUGGAGCAUAUGAUGGGAGCGAGCGUCCAGCACGAACAUCGCGGGCAGAGCAGCCCCCGGCACGUCGUCAGAGCCGGCGUGAACGAGAGCUCGCGGAUCUCCUGGAGCGCAUGGACCGCGAGCAACGCGAUGCAAACCACAGCGUCUCGUCGUCGUCCCGCAGUUCCACUGUAGAGCAAAUCCGUGCUCUGCUACAGGCAGCAGCAGAGCUCGGUGAUGCCGCUGAUGACGUGGCGGUAGUUGAUCUGGCAAUGGAGCUUUUCGCGGACCCACGAGCGCUCUACUCAAUGGAAACGCUUAGGGGAAGCGUUCAACACUUGGCAGGAACGCUCAUGCGGGGUACAUUGGCAAGCCCCGGAGGCACCGGCAUCUCGAGUCUCGCGCCUGGGAUGCUUGCCACGGAUGUGGGCAGCCGAGUCACAGAGCUUCAGGGCGUCAUCACUUGGUCAGAGGGCGGUACCGUGACGCGUCCAGGCGCAGCAAACGCCAACGCGGUUCUGGCCCUGAGCGCUCAUUUACCGCCGCAUGCGCAACAUGCUACGAUCGAGUCAGCUACACGAUCUGCGAACGAAGCUGCAUACCUCACCCAGACCAGCGGAACCGGAGGUGCUGCACCGAAUACUUCCACACCGGGGAUUUCGCCGAGUACGACCGGGCGAUUCGUUGUAUCAGCGCCUGGUGGGCCAUCCACGUACGCGAUCAUCCUGGAGAACGAAUUGCUGCACGAGGUGAAUACGACGCGCACUGAGCUCGCUACCGAUAUGGAUGCACUCGUUGCGGAGAAUGAGAGUACAUCGCCAACGGAACCACCACCGAGCGGCCGUCGUCCAGAACCCGGCUUUGGACUGGCCACGCCGCCCCGGCACUCGAAUCCGACCCGAGCAACAAGAAACUCGCCAGUGGCCGCCUCGCCGGGAGCCAGCCACGUCUCGAGCUCGUCCGCGACACCAGUGGUCGCUCGUCGCAGCUUGCUGGAAUUCUCUCGUCAGGAUACCAGUGUGCAUGAAUCGAGCCCGUCGCCGCGUCAUCGCCAGUACUCAGAGAAUAACGGCUCACCGAUUCGUCUCGAUGCUUUGCGAACAUCGCCUGUGCUUGCAGCGGAUCCAACCAUUGCUCGUCAACUUGGGCUUGGCCUGAGACGGAAACAGCGGAAAAUAAGCAGAGUCCCCUUUAAGGUAUUGGAUGCUCCAAAUCUCGCGGAUGAUUUCUACCUCAAUCUGCUCGACUGGUCGGCCCGGAAUAUCCUCGCUGUUGGGUUGGGCAAUUCCGUCUAUCUAUGGAACGCCUAUAAUUCCAAAGUAUCCAAGCUGUGCGAGCUGGAUACCCCGCCCCAAGGUGUCUGCUCCGUGUCGUGGGCACCGUCCGGUGACCUUAUUGCUGUUGGGCUAGCCUCCGGGGUGGUCCAUCUGUACGAUCCGACACGCCAGGAGGCAGCCCAGAUGCUAACCGGACACACGGCACGCGUCGGGUGUCUCGCCUGGAACGGGCCGCUGCUCGCAAGUGGCUCACGCGAUCGCACGAUCAUGGAGCACGAUGUUCGUGCGGGCAGAGAGCCAGUGCGAACACUUGAAGCGCAUCGCCAAGAAGUUUGCGGCCUGCGUUGGAGUUUCGACCAAACCCAACUCGCGAGCGGAGGCAACGAUAACAAACUCUUCAUCUGGACACCGCAAGCGCGACGCCCGCUCUUUAGAUUUGAAGAGCAUGAAGCGGCAGUGAAGGCGGUGGCUUGGUCCCCGCACCAGCACUGUUUGUUGGCUAGCGGCGGCGGCACUGCGGAUCGAUGUAUCCGUCUGUGGAACACAACCACCGGCUCCUUGCUCCAGUGCGUGGACACCGGAUCCCAGGUUUGCAACCUGCUCUGGAGCCGCGCCGUCAACGAGCUCGUAAGUACCCAUGGCUAUUCCCAGAAUCAGAUUGUGCUUUGGCGAUACCCGAGCAUGCAAAAGGUGGUCACACUCACCGGACAUUUGCUGCGUGUGCUGUACUUGGCUGCCAGCCCCGACGGUUCCGUUAUAGUAACCGGUGCGGGCGAUGAAACCUUGCGCUUUUGGAACGUUUUCCCGCCGCCACGAAGCGCUGCUCGCAUGUCGCAACAACGAGCGGCCUCAUCGUUGUCACCGUCGCGUCUGGGCGGGACGCGAUCGCUGUACGCAGCGGCGUUGGCGGACCUCACGACGCUGCCGUCUGCGUACGCACCAACACCCAGUCAAGCGUCACCGAUGCAUGAUCUCUGGAAUACCAGCGCGAUGAUUCCGAGUUCAUUCAUUCGUUGA